AUGGCCACGCCGGCCCCCCUGGAGGAUCAGGCCCGACUGCUGGAGGAUGCCCUGGUGGCAGUGCGCCAGCAGACGUCGCUGAUGCGGAAAUGCCUCGACACGCCCGGGAAGCUCAUGGACGCCCUCAAGUGCUGCUCGACGCUCGUCUCUGAGCUCCGCACCAGCAGCCUCGGCCCCAAGCAGUACUACGAGCUCUACAUGGCCAUCUUCGACGCCCUGCGCUUCCUGGCGGUCCAUCUUCGAGAAAACCACCCUGUUAAUCACCUGGCCGAUCUCUACGAACUGGUCCAAUACGCCGGAAACAUCAUCCCCAGGCUCUAUCUCAUGGUCACUGUGGGAACCGCCUACAUGUCCAUACCCGAUGCGCCGGUCAAGGAGCUGAUGAAGGACAUGAUGGACAUGAGCCGCGGCGUCCAGCACCCUAUCAGGGGCUUGUUUCUGCGAUACUACAUGUCCGGUCAAGCUAGAGACUACCUUCCUACCGGCAGCGGCGACGGGCCCGAGGGCAACCUCAACGACUCCAUCAGCUUCAUCCUGACCAAUUUUGUCGAGAUGAACAAGCUGUGGGUUCGUCUGCAGCAUCAGGGACACUCGCGAGAGAGGGAGCAGAGGAUCCGUGAGAGGAAAGAGCUCCAGCUUCUCGUAGGGAGCAACAUUGUGCGCCUGAGCCAGCUGGUUGACCUCGAGACGUACAAGUCGGCCAUCCUCGGGCCUCUGCUGGAACAAGUCGUGCAGUGCCGAGACGUCCUGGCCCAGGAGUAUUUGCUCGAGGUCAUCACCCAGGUCUUCCCCGACGAAUUCCACCUGCACACGCUGGACCAGUUCCUGGGUGCCGUAUCGAGGCUCAACCCCCACGUCAACGUCAAGGCCAUUGUUAGCGGCCUCAUGGACCGUCUUUCCGAGUAUGCCGAACGCGAAGGCGGGAGGGAGAAGGGGCCAGAUCAGGAAAAGGCAGAAGCGGAAGCGCUGGCCAAAUUGCUCGAGAAGGUGAAGCUUCAGAAGGAGGAGCCAGAAGUGGCUCAACCAGCGGCCUCGGAACAGACUCCUGCAGAGGAUGCCAAUGACAACAACAAGACCAGCACUGAGACUGAACAAUCGCCAGUAGAGGGCGAGGCGUCGGCGCCUUCUGCAGAGGGAGAAACAGAUGGAGCCGCUGCGGCGGAUGCGACAGCGCCUUCAGCCGCCGAAACCGAGACAACGGCUGUCAACGGGCAAGAAGGGCUUGACGCUAAAGACGUACCGCUGUAUGAAGUCUUCUUCACACAAGUCAAAAAUCUUGUCGAAGCUCAGCACCUCCCUAUCCAAGACACCAUUGCGCUCUUGGUAUCGCUCUGUAACCUGGCGCUCAACAACUACCCUGACCGACUGGACUACGUCGAUCAGAUUUUGGCCUAUGCCACCACCAAGACAAAGGAGAACAUCAACAACGCCGAUCUCCACUCCCCCGCGGCUCAGCAGAGCCUUCUCGCGCUGUUGCAGGCGCCUCUCAACCGCUAUGUAUCCAUCUUUACCGCCCUAUCCCUUCCCACAUACGUCCCUCUGUUCCAGGCUCAGUCAUAUCCAACCCGUCGGGCGGUUGCGGGCGGCAUCAUCCGCGGCCUCCUGAAGGAUCAAAUCAAGAUUUCCAAGACAGAUCAGUUGGAGCAUGUCCUAGACGUGCUAUCGGUGCUCAUUAAGGAGGGAACGCAGGCGCCUCAAGGAUACCCCGGAGCUACUCAGCGACGAGCCGUAGAGACGGACGAGACUAUGGAGGAGCAGGGGUGGCUGGCGAGAAUGGUGCAUCUGCUCCAGGCCGAGGACAACGACACCCAGUUCAAGCUGCUGCAGAUGACGCGGAAAGCGUUCUCGGAGGGCAACGACCGCAUCCGAACAACCACGCCACCCCUGAUAACAGCGUCUCUCAAGCUGGCGCGGCAAUUCAAGCUGCGAGAGCAUUUCGACGACAACUGGGAGACGCAGAUCAACGCCCUGUACAAGUUCAUCCACUCUGCCAUCAGCACGCUGUACACCCGCGUGAACGGCGCGGGCGUGGCUGAGCUGGCCCUGCGUCUGUUCUGCUGGGCAGGACAGACGGCCGACCUGACCGGGUUCGAGGAGGUGGCAUAUGAGUUUUACGCACAGGCCUUUACCGCCUACGAGGAGUCCAUCUCAGACUCCAAGGCCCAGUUCCAGGCCGUUUGCGUCAUUGCCACCUCGCUGCACCAGACUCGCAACUUUGGCAAGGAGAAUUACGACACGCUCAUCACCAAGUGCGCGCAGCAUGGCAGCAAGCUUUUGCGGAAACCAGACCAGUGCCGAGCGGUCUAUCUGGCGAGUCACUUGUGGUGGGCGACGCCGAACGCUGUCAAUGGGGAGACGGAAGAGACCGAGCUCUAUCGUGACGGCAAGCGGGUGCUUGAAUGCCUGCAGCGUGCCCUACGUGUGGCCGAUUCAUGCAUGGAGUCGGCCACUUCGAUAGAGCUGUUUGUCGAGAUUCUUGACCGCUACGUCUACUACUAUGACCAACAGAACGAAUCGGUGACUACGAAAUACUUGAACGGCCUGAUUGAGCUGAUUCACUCAAACGUGGCGGGCAACCAGCCAGACUCGGCCUCGGUCGAGGCCAGCAAGAAGCACUUCUAUCAGACGCUGGAGAACAUCAAGUCCAGACAGUAUGAGGGAGUUGUGCUGUAUCCAAGCUAG